CAGAAUCGGCGCCCUGAGAGUCUUCAAACUAAACAAAACAAGCAGCCAAACAUAAACGCACAAAUGAUUGCGAUUCGCGAGUGGAUCGGUCGCGUGCUGUCACUAGUGGGUGUAGCAAGUUCAACGUGCAUGGCUGUCUGGUAAGGAGUCAGAGCCAGCUCAAGGUAAACCACGUGUACCUAAAAAUAACCGAGGCACCAGCAGUGAAUAAAUAAACCGCAACUGUAGUGUGCAACAAAAGUGCACUUUGUAGAGUCUGUAGCGCGGCCACUCGGCCCUGCGUCGGCCGCUGCCCCUAGUGCAUGCGUAUGCUUUACAAUUAAUUUGGUAAUACAACAACAGAAAAGUCUUCCAAGCAAUUACGAUUAAAAACGAUAACUUGACGCAAGACACGCGACUACAAGAGUACGACUAUAUCAUAUAUGCAUAUCUCUAACAUACUAUCCAUGCAGUCUCUAUACUCCCUUUUUGAUAUUGGCAAUUUAAAUACUCUAUUCUGUCUGGUUAAACAAGUGAUUGUAUUAUGUCGAUGGCUAGUACGAUAAGUGUCUAAUAGCAACCACGUCUAUAAUAAUUGACUUCAUAGUGUGUGCGAUUGUGAGAUUACUUGUGAUUCGUUUUGGGAGCGCGGGAUAUUAUUUACCUACUCUUGGUCGGAAUUCAGUGAGCUUGUUGUGACAGUGACAAAGUGCAAACAAGUAGUUACCAUAUGUGAACGACUGUAAUGCUAUGUAGUGGCAGUGAAAGUCAAAAGAUGGCGUCGCGGUCGCCAACCAUGGGCCAUCGUAAGGUCACUUGGGUUGUGGAGAUCGGAGACGUUCCAGCUUAUGCUUAUGCACCAUAUGAAAAGCAUCUAAGUCACAGUAAAUAUGAACGGGAAGAUGUCCAGAAAAAAACAUUUACCAAAUGGAUAAACUCCCAACUAGUCAAGAACGACAAGCCGCUUGUGGAGGACCUGUUCCUGGACCUGCGGGACGGAGAGGUCCUGCUGUCGCUGCUGGAGAUCCUCACCGCGCAGCAGUAUAAACGAGAGCGAGGGCGCAUGCGCGUCCACCACAUCAACAACGUGAACACGGCGCUGCAGGUGCUGGACAGCAACGGCGUGAAGCUGGUCAACAUCAGCAGCAACGACAUCGUAGACGCCAACCCCAAGCUCACGCUAGGUCUGGUGUGGAGCAUCAUCCUGCACUGGCAGGUGCACUACCACCUCAAGGAGCUCAUGUCGGACCUACAGCAGACCAACUUGGAGAAGACGCUGCUAGCGUGGUGCCGCACGCACACGCAGAACUACACCGGCGUGAACGUGAAGAACUUCUCGACGUCGUGGUCGGACGGGCUCGCGUUCAACGCGCUGCUGCACCGCUGGCGGCCGCAGCUGUUCGACUACGCGGCGGUGCUGGCGCGCUCGCCCGCCGCGCGCCUCGACCACGCCUUCGCGCUGGCGCACGCGCAUCUCAACAUCGACCGCCUGCUCGACCCCGAGGACGUAAACACGCCGAACCCUGAUAAGAAGUCGAUAAUGAUGUACGUGAUGUGCUUGUUCCAAUCUCUGCCGCAUUCAAGUGAGGACGUAGCCGACUUAGAGAGCAUUCACUCCGAGCCCAGCACCCCGGUAGCCACGCAACCUCCCGAGAGCGCGGGGGGCGGCGGCGGGGCCAGCCGGCCGCUGUCGGCGGCCACCACGGGCUCGGUGGAGCUGGGCGGCUACUACGCGGCCUUCGAGGAGGUGCUGGCGUGGCUGCUGGAGGCCGAGGAGCGGCUGGCGGAGGCGCGCGCGCCCUCGGGGGACGACCUCGCGCCGCUCAAGGACCACUUCCACGCGCACGAGAAAUUCCUGCUGGAGCUGUCGGAGCACCAGAUGCGCGUGGGCGCCGUGCUGGAGGAGGGCGCGCGCCUGGUGCUGGAGGCGGGGCUGUCGCGCGAGGAGACCGCCGAGGUGCGGCUGCAGCUGCGCCUGCUCAACCAGCGCUGGGAGCAGCUGCGGCGCCGCGCCAUGGACACGCAGGCGCACGUGCACCAGGCGCUCAUGCGCGCGCAGCAACACCAUCUGCUGCAGUUCCGACAAUGGCUGACCAAGACAGAAGACCGCAUCUCGCACAUGGGCUCGGUACGAGGUGGCGCGGCGGGCGUGGCCGCGCAGCUGGCCGCCGUGACCGCGCUGCACGAGGACCUGGCGCGCCAGCAGCCGCUCGUGGACGCGCUCGCCGACUGCGUCAUCGUAGUGGACGACGAUGCGCACGAUAACAGUGUAACGGAGAUCGAAGACCAACUGACGGCGCUGAGCGAACGGUGGUCACACACGUGCAGCUGGACCAUGCAGCAGCUGGCGCGCCUGCGCGAGCUGCAGGAGCGCUGGGCGGCGCUGGAGGCCGAGCACGCGGGGCUGGCGCGCGCGCUGGACGCGCACGAGGCCGAGCUCAAGCAGCUGGAGGCCGAGCCCGUCAGCUGCGUGGGCGGCGUGGCGGCGCGCGUGGCGGCGCUGCGGCGCCUGCGGGCCGCGCUGCGGGCCGCCGCGGGCCCCGCGCAGGCGCUGCUGGCCGCCGCGCAGGCGCUGCCGGGCGCCGCCGCGCUGCUGGAGCGGGCCGACGCGCUGGCCGACCGCCUGGCCGCGCUGCACGACAUCCUGGCCGUGCAGGACCAGCGGAUAAAAGAGCUCGGGUUCGACAUCGACCUCGAGGUCGAGGAGGAGGUCAAGCAGCCGCCGGCUGCCAGCGUCACGAGCGGCGAGGAGCAGAGUGGCGAGGCCGGCGCGGCCAAGAAGCCGCGACUGAGCGGCGACGAGGGCGCGGCCUUCCAGCUGGGGUACGAGGCCUUCCGCGCCUGGGCAGACCGCGCCGACGCUGCACUUGCACACUGUAAGGGCGAAUUGGAGAAUAAAAAUGGCAAGAAGAAAGAAAUACCUUCAAUUCUGGAACAAGUUGAGAAAGAAAUAGAGACUCAGCGCGCUGACUUCGCUAACGUAGAGGAAAUACAGCGCAGACUGGCAGCGGAGACCGGACUCGAAGAGGAAGCCAAGCGGCACGCUGAAAGCAUUGAAGAACUUAAAAGACGAUGGGAAAAUAUUCAACGCUCACUAUUAGACAUCCGAAAUACCAUGAAUCUACUCGAGGAUAAGGAGAACUACUACAAAAAUGUGGAGGCUCUACAGAGAGAGCUAGACGAGGUGCACGCGUGGAAGGACAAGAUGCUGGCGGAGAAGCCCAGCAACAACCAGCUCAUACACCUGCGCAACAAGAUACGGCUCGUCAAGCAGCUCGAGAUGAAGCUCAAAGAGCUGAACGCGCAGUCCAUCAUCCUGCUCACGAAGCAAAUACCGAAAUCACAUAAGGACGACAUCGAGACCGACUCGAAACGAAUCAACGACGCUUACGAACAGUUGCUGCUGUUCCUGACGACCCGCGAGGUAGAGAUCAAACUGGCCGUCAGCAAGAAGCCGCCCAAGCAGGCCGAGGACGAGUUCAAAGGUCUGCAGAACAGGAUCCAGGCGAUGGAGGCCCAGAUCAUUACAGAACACGCGAUGAUUUCCACCCCAGAGGCCAUGGCAGCGAAGAUAGAGCAACUGACCAAGUUACGACGAGAAUUUGACGAACUGCAGUCCACGUACGACAGGGUGGUACAGGACCGCAGAGACAACUACGAGAAGGGUAGCGUGCAGGAGCUCAACUUCAGGAGCAGCCUCGAGAACUUGGUGACCAAGUUUGGCGACACCAAGACCAUCCUGGAACAGAAGAUCAGCAAACUGGAAAAGGGCGGCGCCCUGCUGGCGCAGCUGCGCGAGGCCUCGGAGCAGCUGCGCGCCUGGCUGCACGCGCACCAGCUGCUGCUGCGCGACGCCCAGGCCGCGCCGCUCGGGGACCAGGACCCGCUCGAGCGCCUGCUCGACGCCAGCAACAAAUUUGAAGAAGAGAAGCCGACGUACAAAACGAAAUUAGAAUUAAUAGAGAGCACCAAAGAGUCUAUUCUGGAAGACUGCGAGGAAACAGUCGCGAAAACCGUUCAGAACGAUGCGAAGGAGUUAAAGAAACUGUUCGAGGAGGUGACGGAGGAGGGCUUCAAGACGAACGAGCGACUGCGGCGCGCGCUGGAGCGGACCGAGGCCGUGUUCCGGCAGGUGGCCGAGCUGGAGGCCUGGCUCGCACACAUCGAGCUGCAGAUGCCGCAGGAGCACGAGUGCAACAUCACCGACUCCGCCGAGCUCUACCAGAUGAAGACGCGCUUCCAGGCGCUCAAGGACAAGUGCGACGACCACACGGAGCAGUUCCGCAACCUCAACGAGGCCGGCAACGACCUGCUGCUGGCGGCGGCGGCGCGGCCCGCCGGCCUGGCGCGCGCCCUCACCCGCCUCAACGCGCGCUGGACCAGCGUCACGCACGGCGUCUACGAGCGAUACAAGGUGCUGUGCGAGGCGUGG